CCGUGUACGCUUUCAUUGACAGUUAUUUGUUUUCGGUAACGACGAGGCUUGGAAAACUGUGGUUUUUACGUAGUUGUUCGCCUAGAAAUCAAGCUGAAGCAGAGUACAUCAGUGUCACCGCACUGCGUACUUAAUUCGUUAGUGUGGAAACGCGUAUUUGAAAGGUGACUAAGGAAGCCUAAAAACGAUCACCGUAAAAAGUGGUUAGAAACAGUAACAAUGAGCGACGAUCAAGGAAACGAACUGUCUCAAACAGUUGAAUUGACUUCGAAUGAUAUUGAAAAGUUAGAAGAAGCAAAAUUAAGAGCAAAGUUUCCAACUACUGGUCGUCCAAUCAGUGGACAUUCAGCAUUUCUGCAGAAGAGGCUAGCCAAAGGGCAAAAAUAUUUUGAUUCUGGGGAUUAUCAAAUGGCAAAACAAAAAUAUACAGCUAAACCAAAGCCAGCUGGUGUUUUGCCAACAGGUGAUGCUAUACCUACACCUGAAACUGUACCACAACGAAAAACAUCUAUUAUUCAACAAAAAUUUAAUACCUCGAGUACUUCAUAAGCUUAUUUUGUAAGAUAUUCAAAGUAUUGCAACUCCAGUGAUACAGUGCGAUUGUAUGCAAUCCGAAUUUUAA